AUGAGGGUAUAUGUUUUGGUCAAAGAUAAGAAGCAGCAGUACUGCGUUCAUAAAAAACGUCAUAUUUCAAUUGAAAAAAAAAGAGAUCAAAUAUGUGACAAAAAAAUAAAAAUAAUUUGCGAACACACUAAUCGCACAAAUUUGCACGAUAUUUGUAAAAAAUUAAAUCUUAAUGAACCUCAAAUAAUCUUAUCCAAAAUUAUCCUUAGUGAAUCUCCAAAAUCCACUCCUUUUGUCCAUUUGAAUCCUAACGGUGAUUUUAAUGACUCCGACAAAUUAUUAAAUACUAAAAAUGUCAGUUCUGAUUUAUAUGAAAUAUCGAAUGAUUUGUUUGAAAACAUUGACCCGGCAAAUAUUUCAUAUCAAAUAAGGAAUGGUGAUUUAGAUGAUUUUCUAACUGAUAUGAAUACAACUGGAAUUGGACACGAGCUCAUAAUUGAGACAGAAACUGCACAAGAUAUUCACGAUUAUUCAUUUGACAACGAGCAAGAAUCGUUUACUUAUGAAAAUAAUCUUCAGCCAGGAAAUGGAAUUAACACAGACGAUAUAGAAUACCGGAACACGAUCGAAACAAAUGAAAUUCAACUUGAAAAUACCUAUGAUAAAAAUACGCAAAGAAAAUUGCAAAUUGACUACAGUUCUGACAGUGAGUCUAAAGAUUCUGAUUCAUCGUAUGAACCAGUAGAGUCAGAUCAAUCAAUUGAAAAUGAAGAUUAUUUGGUAGCUGAUGUAACCGAUGAAGAAAAUUUAGAUGAUGAAAACACUGGAUCUGGAAAUUUCGAUGAAACUAACAACGUUUCGCAAAAUACUUCAACCUCGACUUUAAAUUGUUCGUUAAAUGUUCCGGGACAUGCUGGCUGGGAUGAUAGUGAUGUGGAAGCUGAGUUAACUACUAAAAAGGGAAAUCAGAAAAAAGAUACUUGCUGCUUUUGUGAGAAAGAAUAUUUCAAAAUUGCACGUCAUUUAGAAAUGGUGCAUUCAACCGAACCUGAAGUAAAAAGUUUUGUAAAAUUAAAAAAAAAGUGUGCUGAGAGAUUAAAUGAAAUAGCUAUUUUAAGAAAAAGAGGUAAUCACAUGUAUAAUAUGAAGCAGGGAAGAAAAGCAAAUGGCAAACCCGGAUUAUUAAAAGUAGCGCGUUGUCCAAAUAAAGCGUCGAAAAAAAGAGGCGGUAAUUACGCUGUUUGCUGUAAGUGUAAGGGCUGGUACACGAAAACUAAUCUUCGUCAUCACUAUCGUGUUUGUCAAGAUGGCGCCCACAGUAGUAAAGGUAUUCUAGCCAAAGCUCGACGUAUCCAGGGACAAAUUCAUCAACGAGCAUCCGAUGCUAUGCGUCAUAAAAUUAUCCCUUAUAUGAAGUUGACAGAACAUGUAAAACUAAUACGGUAUGAUCUUAUGAUUAUUUUAUUUGGAAAUGAAGAAUGCACAAAAUACAAAAAACGUAACUUAGCUCAAAUGAUUCGUGCAAAACUGAGUUUGCUAGCUAGAUUUCUUGUAGUCAUGAAAGAAGCAGAUUCAACUAUAAGUGAUUUUGCUUCAAUAUAUAAUCCAGCACAUUAUUAUAAGGUGAUUGAAACAAUAAAUAAAUUUGCUGGAUUAGAUGAAGAAACUGGUUACUUUAAGGUGCCUUACAGAGCUUCUGAAAUCACUACGAAUAUCAAUAAAAUCGGGCAAAUUCUAAUCAACGAAUGCAUUAUUAACAAAGAAAAUGAAAAAAAAGAAGAUGUACAAAAUUUUUUAUCACUAUGA